CCGCUCUGCUGCCAUUUCCCAUUUCCUUCCUGGGUUCGAUGCUGUCUGUGACUAGGAUAAGACCAGAAAGGGUUAAAUAUAGACAAGAAUUGUUGGAGAAGCGUUUGUUGGAGAGAAAAAAAUUGGUCCUUCAAGAAGUCCAGGAAGAAGAAGAGAGAGAAAGGCGGCUGGAAGCCCUACGAAAGCAGGUUGCUGUUGCUGUCCAGUCUGAUCCAGUUAGAAUGAUGUCAGAGACACUGGCCUGGAAAGCAAAGACAGGUGCUGAAAGUGAGGAAGAAUUCAUCCUUCAAAAGCCGCUCUUCACACUGACUACAUACAACGAGCAACAGAUAAUUUCCGAUCCUCGACUUCGAUUUGAGUUAGCACUUCGAGAAGCUGGACUCCAUAAAACACAGUAUGCCAAAGAGAUGUUACCAAAAAUUGGUCCUCAGAAGCCUCCAAGGAAGGACACAGAAUCGACUGCGUUCAAGGUCUAGAGGGUACAUGAGAAGGAACACUGCGUAAAUACGGAUCGUGAUGGGCCUGCUUCUCAAUGCUUAGAAAAAGACUGCACAGAGAAAUCACAGCAUUUAUUAAACAACCUUCCCUUCUUUAGCUUCAAAGUUUUGUUUACCAUUUGCUUUUUCUUUAAAUAACAUGUACUAUUACCAAAUUUACCAAAAUUAUCAGACUUCAGUAUUUAUGUUGUCAUUUGGCAGGCUGUUAUUUUGGAGGGUUUUUUUUUUUUCUUCUAUAAAGAGGAGCUGAAAAUAACCAUUUUCAAGGGUUGUCUACUCCACAGGUACAUGCAUUUCAGCUUGUUACUUCAGUAUUUGAUGUUUCAUUAUGGAAGCUUCAUUAUUAUUAAUACAUCUAUUGUUUCUUGGUUAUUCAAAGAGGAGAUUCAACCUUUCUCUAAAUUUAGAAGUCAGUUUGGAACAUGAUGUUUAUGGCAAACCCAUUACCUGAACAAUCUCAGUUUACAAAUCUGGCUUUAAAAGAAAUUAGACAUACUGUCACUAUCACGGGAAUACCUGUUUUUGUUUUUGUUUUUGUUUUUAUUUUUAACUGAGAAGACAUGGCAGUGUGGUUGUUUAGAAAGAGAAACUGAAAUUUUAUGAUACUUGAAAUAUUAUUAAAAGUUCCUAAUUAUCUAAGAAAUCCCUAGAUGAAUUUCUUGAAAAGAAGUAUCUCAAAUAAAGCUUGCCUAUAAA